CUUCUAUCUCACGUCAGUCUUCUUUCUCUCUCUUCCCUCCCUUACUCUCGAUCUAUAAGUACGGACCUUCCCACAACCAAACCUUCAAAUCAAUACCACCAUUUCCAGCCCAUUCUUCUUCUUCUUCUUCUCAAACUUUAAUUUCUUGCAUCCUUAGCUAGCACUAUAUAUAUUCUUUUUGUUUUCCUUCUUUAUAUUCAUACAUAAGCAUACACAUGCACAUAUAUAUAUGGAUGGUAACAAUGUCAACCUUCCACCAGGAUUCCGAUUUUUCCCCACGGAUGAGGAGCUUGUCGUCCACUUCCUCCACCGGAAGGCCGCUCUCUUACCGUUUCAUCCCGAUGUCAUCCCUGAUCUCGAUCUCUAUCCUUACGAUCCCUGGGAGUUAGACGGUAAAGCCUUGGCUGAGGGGAACAAAUGGUACUAUUUUAGCCGGAAGACGCAAAACCGGAUAUCCGGAAGUGGGUUCUGGAAACCAUUGGGAGUGGAUGAACCAGUAUUCAGUACUAGUACUGGUAGCAAGAAAGUGGGUAUGAAGAAGCAUUAUGUUUUCUACAAAACAAUGGAAGAAGCUACAGCAGAGGUCAAAACAAAUUGGAUAAUGCAGGAGUUCAGGCUCUCAGAUUGUGGUUCUACUAGUAGUGGUAGAUCAUCCAAGAGAAGAGGAAAUCAAAAAGUAGAUUACAGCACAUGGGUAUUGUGUCGAGUUUACGAGCGCAAUUGCGAUGACGGUGAUGACAGUGCGGAGCUUUCGUGCUUGGAUGAAGUUUUCUUGUCGUUGGACGAUCUCGACGAAAUUAGUCUACCAAAUAAUUAGAUCCAAUCAAACAGGAUCUGUUAAUUGCUAGGGUCUUACAAUGCUAGCUCUUCAAUAUUCAUGUAAACCAUUGCCCUACUGUUGUUACUAGCUGGCAAAAUGUUGUACCAAAAAGUUAAUAUGGAACUUCAAAAUGGCAUUUUAACUUCGGAA